AUGAGCGAAGUUCAGUCAUUAGUAUGUGAAUAUGACGAUACAAUCGAUAAACUCGAAGAUAACCUAAGAAAAGAAAGAAGCAUGUUAGCUUCUGAAAAAAAGGUACCCAAAACACGUUUGAAUUCAGUUAGUCGUAGUCUGAACUUAGUGAAGUGUUCAAUUAACACUAAUAAAACCCCUGAAGAUGAAGACGUUCAAGCCCAAAAUCCCAACCCAAAAGAUGAUAAAAACAAUGAAAUUCUUAAAGUUACAAGAAAUAGUAAAAAUACACCAAAGACCAAGUCUCAUAGCUUGCAAGAACCAACCAAAAAAUCAAAAUCGUCAAAGAGAACCACAGGAAAUUCAACAAUGAAAGCCAAUGAAGAGACUGAAAGUGAUUCGGAUGAAAGUGUGGUUGACGAUGAAGACUUCGAGAUUCAACAGAUGAUUCGUGAAGAGAAGAAGAAGAAGAACACCAAGAAGAAAAGUACUCCUAAAAGCUCUAGCAAAGGAACAAAAUCUAAGAGAGGAAAACAGAGUGAUUCGGAUUCUGAUAUUGAUAAACUUUUGGAAGAAUCGAAAAAAGUUUUACUUGGAUCCCUAAGACCCAGGAAGAGCUCGAAUGUUGAAGCUUCAGGAUCGAAAAGAAAACGUUUAUCAACUCCAUCCUCAGAGAGAGAGGAGUUGUCUGAUAAAGAAACUAAUAUUGAGAAAACUCCUACUGCACGGAAUCGUGGUCCAACGAAAGACAAAAAAGUUAAAUUAACUGAAGAGAGUAAAAAGGAAGAUGAAGAUAGUGCAGCUUCUGGAGCCUCUGGAAUCUCUGAUGCUACUGAAGGAUCAGAAAAAGAAGAACUAUUGCGUAGUCGCAGGAAAGGAGUCUCUAUGAAUGAAACAACUUCAGCGUUGAUUCGUAGAUCGAAAAUGUUGUUGUCAUCGGAUUCUGAAGACGAAAUCAAGUUUGCGAAGAAGAAAAAGAAAAGUAAAAAUAACUCAGACAGUGAUGACAAGUCAGUUUCUGGCGGUGAAACCAAAAAGCAGAAAAAGAAAGUCAUCGUGGAUGAUUCGGAUGAAGAUGUGGAGAAGGAGAAAACUAAGAGAAAAGGAACAAAUAAGAAAAUGCUCACGAAAGAUCAACUUGCCAAAGAGACUGUUGAUGCAGAAAAAGCAGAGAAGGAAAGAAGAAAACGCUUGGAAGUAAAACAGAAAGAAUUCAAUGGUAUACAGUUGGUUGAUGGAGUAGAUUUGGCAACUGCUCUGAAAAGUUCUUCAAACGUUCCAAAACUAAAAUCAGUAGUUCUUGAUCCAGAUAAAGAAAGUGUAAAGCCUGAGCCGGUUUCUGUACAUCCUUCUAUUGUUCGAGUGUUGAAACAUCAUCAGGCUGAGGGAGUUCAGUUUAUGUAUGAUUGUGCGUUUGAGUCUAUUUCACGGUUGGACCAGGAGGGAAGUGGUGGAAUAUUAGCGCAUUGUAUGGGUUUGGGUAAAACUUUACAAGUGAUUACAUUUCUUCAUACUGUGAUGAACCAUCCGAAGAUAAAGCAAAAAGUGAAAAGAGCUCUCGUGGUUGUUCCAAAAAAUGUAGUUAUCAAUUGGUUCAAAGAGUUCAAGAAAUGGCUUGAAGAUAAUGACCCUGCGCUGGCUACUCUACAAGUAUUGGAAUUAGAUUCCUUCAAAGACUAUACUGAUAGAUUAUUUGCUCUGAGGAACUGGUAUAAAUGCGAUGUUCCAAGUAUAAUGAUUAUUGGCUAUGACAUGUUCCGAAUUCUAACCCACGAUGACGAUGACAACAAGAAGAAAAAAGUUGCCAAAACUAAAAAGAAUAAACGUCUCGCAAAGCUGCAGAAAGACUUUCGAACAUAUUUACAAGAUCCUGGUCCGGAUAUAAUAAUUUGUGAUGAAGCUCAUAAGUUGAAGAAUGAUGAAUCCGCUUUGUCUAAAACCAUGGUGAAAAUAAAAACCAAAAGGAGAAUCUGUUUAACGGGAACUCCUCUACAGAACAACCUUAUGGAAUAUCAUUGUAUGGUUAAUUUCGUUAAACCAGGUCUGCUGGGUACAAAAGCAGAGUUCGCCAAUAGAUUUGCCAACAUCAUAACACGGGGAAGAGUUAAAGAUGCGACGCCCUUGGAAGUAAAAUUCAUGCAGAGAAGAUGUCAUGUUUUGUUCGAACAUUUGAAGAAGUGUGUGGAUAGAAAAGACUAUAGAGUGUUGAUGGCUGCUAUCCCUCCCAAACAGGAGUACGUCAUUAACGUCAGGUUGACUGAUCGUCAAUGUCGACUCUACAAAGCUUUUCUGGAGAGUAUCGUGAAUCCAGAAGGAACUAACGGGUUAUCCAAACGUCUCUUAUCAGAUUAUUAUGUUUUAUCACGGGUUUGGACUCAUCCUCAUCAGCUCCUUGUGCAUGAGGAAAAAUUAGAAAGAGAACGUAUAUUAAAAGACGAAUUGGAAGAAGAAGAAGAGUUUAUUAAUGAUGAUGAGAGUGAAGAGGAGGCAGUUGAAGAAAGUGGAGAAGAUUCUGAUGUGAUUGCAUUAGAUGAUGAAGAUUCAAAAGACACAAGGAAGUCUCGGAGGUUAGGGGGACAAUCCCCCGAAAAUGAAGGAGUGCGGAGCGUAGCCGAAUAUUCUGGGUGGUUUGCUAAAUCUGGACUAGUCUCGGCUGAAGAUAAGGAAAACUUUACUUUGAGUAAUAAAUUGAUUCUGUUGGUAUCCAUUCUCAAGAAAUGUGAAGAAAUCGGUGACAAAUUACUCGUGUUCUCUCAGUCUCUUGAGUCUUUGACUCUUAUCAAAAAAAUGCUUGAGCAUUUACAAACAACGGAUAAAUGGUUUGCAGACGGGCAUGAAGCUGUCAAAUCUGAAGGAGAAACCUGGGGUUGGACAGAAGGCAGAGAUUACAUGGUUAUCGACGGAUCAGUGCAAUCAGGCAAACGAGAUGCUGUUCAAUGUAGCUUUAACGAUCCCGGGAAUCUGAGGGCCAGAUUGAUGCUUAUAUCUACAAAAGCUGGUUCUUUGGGUACUAACAUGGUAGCUGCUAACCGUGUAAUCAUAUUUGAUGCUUGUUGGAAUCCAUCACACGACACUCAAUCCUUGUUCCGUGUUUAUCGGUUCGGUCAGACUAAACCUGUGUACAUAUAUCGUUUCAUUGCUCAAGGAACCAUGGAAGAGCGAAUUUAUAAAAGACAAGUAACUAAGGAAUCUACUUCUAUGAGAGUUGUCGAUGAAGCACAAAUUCAAAGACAUUACGAGGGUAAUGAUCUCUUGGAGUUGUAUAGAUUUGAUGCUGAAGAAAUCAAAGAAGAAGACAAAGAUAAAAUUCCUAACUUCGCUCCACCAAAAGACCGUCUCUUAGCUGAUGUUCUUCUCAAUGAGAAAGCUUCAGUUGUGAACUAUUUCCAACAUGACACUCUCUUUGCUCAUGUUGAGGAAGAGAAACUCACUGAAGAUGAACUCAAAGAAGCAUGGGUUGAAUAUGAGAAAGACAAGCUACAAGCUGGUCGACCAAUACCACUUGUGGGUCCAAACAUGUUACAUAUGCGAGCUCUCGAUCUUCAGAAACAAUCUGAAUAUCUCAUGAACAUUACCACACAUACGCUUACUCAAGAUCCUAUAUUCAUAAACUGUUUUGUAGUUUUGGGAAUGGAUAAUGACACGGCGUUAAAGAUUUCAUAUUUGAAACGAGUGUUAGAAGAUUUGUUGCCACAAAUCCCAGAUGAAAUGAGGGGAGGCAUCGUAGAAUUUAAUUCAUUCUUCCUCAAUUUCAUUACCCAAGCUUGUGAAGAAAGACACAACGCCAAUUGGUUACUUAACAAAGCCGUCGCCACUUUCCGCACUGUGGUUAGGAUGAUAAGAAAUAUUCCAACACGUCACUUUUGCAUAAAGUCUUAUUAA